AUGGCAUUGGCACGUGAAACGGUGUUACCUGAAGAGAUGGUAAGGGAGGUUCUGUUAUUGCUGCCAUUGAAGUCUCUGUACCGAUACAAGCUCCGUCUUACUAAUAUCCCUUCUCCUCUUCCUCCUUUUAUCGAGCAGCAGUUCGGUACUGCUGAAAUUGGAUUCACAGAAGUAAUCAAUGGCCUCUUUUGUUUUUAUACUCCAGUUGGUGACCUUACUCUCUGCAAUUCCUACACUUUUGAAACAAUGGAACUCCCACUCCCCUCAGAUUCUUACUCUAGGAGGAGUGGAUAUGAACAAAACAAAGACCAAGAGUAUAAGCAGAAAGUACAACUGGAUAAAGCUGGCGCCUACUCACGAUCUACAAUUGCAGAUGCCGCCAGAAUAGUGAAGCUAAGGGGAGGUUUGGCGGUGGGAUGUUUCACCGCCGCCACCACAACUACACAAGAAUUGGAUCUCUGGGAAUUGAAGGGGUCGAAUUGUUGGAUCAAAUGCUCCAUCACCUUACCUGAAGAACUUCAGGUUAGAUGUAAUAUAGAGAGCUUGUCCACUAUUGGUAACCUUCCAACUGGUGAAAUACUGCUGACUAAUCCUAAUCCUAAUCCUAAUAUUAAUGAUAAUGAUGAUUCUAAUUUUACCUCUAUUUAUUCUUAUGAUCAUUCCACUAUUAAGUUUCAGAGGUUUGAAGUUGGCAAGUUUCCUUGUACCAUUACUGGUGAAUCUUUUCAAAUAUCUUGUCUCGAAUUAAACAACAGUGAUUCCCUUAUAGUUUUAUUGCGCAAACCCCCAAUUGCUGCUCUUCAAUAUAUGGAGGAAUAUAUGAGAGAAGAAACGCUUGCAGAAAAACUUAGAAGAAUACUUAUCGAGAAAAAGAAAGAAAGAAAAGUUUCAAGAAUACGAGCAUGAAGACGCAAGUGACUUUAUUUAGUAGGAGUAUAAUAUUAUUUUGAUAUUUUUCUGUUUAUGUUUUAUUGCCUAGCGAGUCGUAUUUAUUUUGCCAUGAAUGGAACUAAGGUAUUUGUUUCCGUUAUAUAUCUCUCCCUUAAGAAUAGUUCUUUUAAAUGAUGCAUUCAGUUUUUGACAUGAGUU